AUGGGAUCUCGUGGGGAUAGGCAACUUGCCAGAUAUUCCGACUUACUUACAGUUUUCAACCUUUUCGAUCGUGACCAAAGCGGUUUUCUAAACGAAACGGCUGUUUUAGCAUCACUAAAAUCUUUAGGAUUUAAUAAAACUCACGGCGAAUUACGCACAGCUAUAGAAAAAUGUGAAAUCAACUUUGCUGAGAAGAAAAUGAACUUCUCUGAGUUUAAGCGAGUUUAUCAAGAGUUUUGUAAACAGGAAGCCUCGGGAUCUGUUGAUCCAGUAGCAGUUCGAACCACAAUUUAUCAAUAUGGGUCUUCUGUUUCCCCCCAUGGUGAUGAUACACUGCAUAGUGUUAGUGAAGACGAGCAAAUUGCCUUCUGCGGAUGGGUAGAAAGAAAUCUAAAAAAUGAUGACACUUGCAAAGAAUACUUCCCGUUUAAAGACAAUGGAGAUGACCUUUAUGAAAAAUGUAGCGAUGGUUUUUUGCUAUGUAAAAUAAUCAACUGCUCCGCUCCUCAAACAAUCGAUCUAAGAGCUCUUCAUCGUGGAAGUCGCCUGACUACCUAUCAAGUUAUGGAGAACAUAACUUUAGCUUUGAACAGUGCUCGAGCAAUUGGUUGCAAUGUAGUCAAUAUUGGUUCAGCGGAUAUUAUGGACGGAACUCGACACUUACUCCUUGGUCUCCUUUGGCAAAUCAUCAAGAUUGGUCUCCUUCGGCAAAUAAAUGUGGUAGCUCAUAGUGAGUUAGUAGCUUUGUUAAAUGAAGACGAAUCAAUAAGUGAAUUCGCAAAACUCUCCCCUGAACAAAUCUUGAUGAGAUGGGUUAAUUACCACCUGAAACGCGCCGAAUGCGAAGCCCGAAUGGAAAACUUCACCUUAGACGUAAAGGACUGUGAGGUCUACGCUUACCUACUCGAACAAAUCAGUCCACCGGAAAAGAAGCCCUUCCUCCACUCUGCUCAGGCUAUUCUAAAUGCUGUCGACUUAGUUCAACGUGCCGAGAUGGUAUUGCAAAAUGCCGAGAAACUAGACUGUCGGGUGUUUGUACAACCAAAGGAUAUCAUUAAUGGGUCCAUGAAGCUCAAUUUGGCCUUCUUGGCAAAUCUCUUCAAUACUAACCCCGCCUUAGAUCCGUCCCCUCAACCACCACCGGUAAUCGAGGAGACCCGCGAGGAGAAAAGCCCCACACCACCUCCUCCGCCCCCUUCGCCUUCCCCUACUCCACCUUCACUACCACUCCCAAGUCGAUGGGAGUGUCUGUUGGCAUGGGUUCGAGCCCUACUGCCACAGUGUUCUAAUGAAGAGGGUAUCCGUUUGCCACACACUUGGUAUCGGGCUAAUUAUGACCUCAUUGAAGGAAAAACCACCAAACUAACUGGGAAAUAUCUCGCUGAUUAA